GGCUUGGCUUUGCCGUUCCCGUUCCCGUUCCCCCAUAAACUCCACCUCCCCCGCAUUACUGCGCCCCCAUCUCCGCCUCCGCCUCCUCCUGCGCCUGCUGCUCCGGCUGAGGCCCUCCUCUCCUCUCGCUCCCUCCCUCCUCGUCGCGUCCCACAUAACUGCGCCUGCGCCGCCUCCGCCUCCGCCUCCUUGCAGUGCCCCCCGGCCUCUCCUCGGCGCGCGCUGCCCCGAUCCCGCCGGAGUGCCCGCGCCGACCGCCGGCGAGGAGCUCCGGGCGGCUGGUUCGCCGUGACCUCGCGGGGCUGCGUCUUCGUCGUCCGGUGGUUCUCGCCCGGCGUCGCUGCUUCCGCGAGUGGCGCCGUGUCGGCGGCACAUGCCGGCGGCGGUGCGGGAACGAGGCGAGGGCGGCGCGCCUUGUCGCCGCGCGGACUGACAUGACUUGAGCCUUGAGCAAAUCUGGCUCGAUAACCGUUCGCUCAUCGUCCUCUUCAUCGCCGGUGCCGGCGCGGCAGAACCCGCCCGCGUCCAGCAUCCGCCCACCCAAGCACGCCAGCCACCUCGAGAGGUCUACCCUCCUUGUGGUUGGUGCUGCUGCCAGCGCCUCCUUCCCGUCCCUUAAUUGGUAUGGGAUGCCAUGGUGUGGAGAUCCAUCCGGACUUGGAUUGGUUUCUUUCUUGUUAAGGACCCCUAGCUUGCUUGGAGGAAUUUUCCUGGAGUGGGGUUUUGUUCCGGGAGAUCUUUUAUCUGACCGCGCGUAAAUUCGAUCUCAGUUGACGCCACGGAACUUUGGUCCAAGGCACUGGUGCAGUUUAUUUUCUCAAGGAAAUUUCGCAGUUUUUACCGACUCCUCAUGUCCCACUCAAAGUCCGGCCCAGAAGUUUUUUUUUGUCUGCAAUGAAGAUUACCGUCCAAGAAGAUACUUUUGUAUUAUGCUUUGGUCGUACCAAAAUGGAAUAUCGCCACUUAAUUACCAAUAAGCCAAAUUAGGCUGAUAAAGUAACAAGCACGAAAAAGAUUUAGGAUGUGUACAGAAGGGCUGUGUUCUUGUGUAUAGGUUCUCUUUCUAUUGAUCAACCGUUGCAGUUUCUGACGGAAUGUUGGAGGGUCAAUCUUGCCUGAUAUCAAGGUCACUGCGAAGCUCCUGUGAGCAGGAAUCCAGACUAGCUUACAUGACUUUCCACCUCCUCGAGAUCACGAGGAGUAAGCGCCCACCUGCAAACCUGUCUAUUGAGCACGACGUUGCUGCAGUGGCAGCGUUGACUAAACGGACCAAGUCCGCUGAGAACCAGAAGGGUGAGCCACUGGAUAGUCAGGGCAGUAAUGAUCAGGGCGAUUCAGAUUCAAGCGCCCUGAUAAGUUCCAUUGGUCGGGAUAACUCUAUCAACUGCCUUGCCCGUUGCUCUCGUUCUGAUUAUGGUUCUAUUGCAUCACUCAACCGAAGCUUCCGGUCACUUGUCCGCAGUGGUGAUCUGUACAAGGAACGUCGGCAGCUAGGGAUUUCAGAACACUGGGUCUACUUCUCCUGCAAUGUGCAGGAGUGGGAGGCGUAUGACCCCUAUCGUUCACGGUGGAUGACGCUUCCAAGAAUGCCCCACAACGAAUGUUUCAUGUGCUCUGACAAGGAGUCACUUGCUGUGGGCACUGAACUUCUGGUGUUUGGAAAGGAGAUUCUUUCACAUAUUGUUCUGAGCUAUAGCAUUCUGACAAAUUCAUGGUCGCGGGGUGUCGAAAUGAAUGCCCCUAGAUGUCUGUUUGGAUCAGCUAGUUUUGGAGAGAAAGCAAUUAUAGCUGGUGGCAUGGAUGCUGAUGGACGGGUGCUUCGCUCUGCUGAGCUGUAUAACUCUGAAACUAAAAGAUGGAUAACACUUCCAAGCAUGAAUAAAGCUAGGCGGAUGUGUUCUGGCGUCUUUAUGGAUGGAAAGUUUUACGUAAUUGGUGGAAUGACCAGUAACACGGAAGUCCUUACUUGUGGAGAAGAGUAUGAUUUAGAUAGAGGUACCUGGCGGGUGAUAGAGAACAUGUCUGAGGGGCUCAAUGGGGCAAGUGGUGCUCCUCCGCUUGUCGCUGUAGUCGAAAAUGAGUUGUAUGCAGCGCAAUAUGCAGGAAAGCUAGUAAGAAAGUACAAUAAAAUGGAUAACUCAUGGACAACACUGGGUGAGUUACCAGAGAGACCUGAAGCUGUGAAUGGAUGGGGCAUUGCAUUCCGGGGCUGUGGAGAGCGGCUUUUGGUUAUCGGUGGACCAAGAGUGUUGGGUGGUGGGAUGAUUGAGCUCCAUUCUUGGAUCCCAAGGGAAGGUCCAUUACAAUGGCACAUGAUCGGAAGCAAACCUUCUGGUAACUUUGUUUAUAACUGUGCUGUCAUGGGGUGCUGAUCUGUUCUCUCUCAAACAUACCGUCGACAAGAAAGAUUGUGAUAUUGGUUUUAUCAUAUGGCAUAAAGCACUGAUUCUACCUGAUGGGUAAUCUCUGCAUUCUUUUUGACAUUUCAGAUUUUACUCAAGGUUCAAUAGAGUAGUCAGGUCCAUGUACUCGUUAAUAGUUACCCAUUGGUUUCUGUUUUCAACACAUUUGAUUUGCAGUACCUUUGCUCCAUAUACUCUGUUGAAAUGAGUUCUCUGAGAUGGAUGCAUAUAGGCUGUAAUUGAGAUAACCGUGCAUCUAUAUGAUUGUAUCUUGUUCUGAACCGUGUCAACAUUAUAGUUCUAUCGUGCAAAUGUCUCCUGACAAGAACAGCAUGAAUUAAAA